GAUUGAGAGACUUUUAUUCUUGCAAGGUUACUCAUCUCUAUUCACUUGAUUUUUCAAGACAUUGCAAUUUCCCAAAUCUUCUACAAUAGUUUCCCACUUUCCCAGUAAUCCAGUAUGUGUGGCUCCCAAGUGAGCCGACCUUUAGACAGCAGUCCUAGUUCAUUCCCACACACUCUCCUGGCCUGCCAAAAGUAAAAAUGGCUUUGCUGCAGCCAUUUUCCGCCAUUGAUCUUUAUCUUCCCAAACCUCCCCACACAUCUCAGACCUGCCCAACCCUAAAACUCCCAAAUCCAUCCUCUCUGCACCCGCACACAGCUCCCUUUCACCAUUGCCACAAAGCACUGAAGAAGAAGUUUGCGUUUGCAGAGAAAUCUGGGGGCGGAGGAGUUAGUGUUGGUGAAGGUGAUGAUAGAGUGGCGGUGCUGGGUCCCACUUCAGAAGAAUCUAGAGAUGAAGAAGAGGUGGCGAGGUAUGACUGGACGGAGGAGUGGUACCCUCUGUAUCUGACGAAGAAUGUGCCUGAUGAUGCCCCUCUCGGCUUAACUGUGUUUGAUAAACAGGUGGUUUUGUACCGUGAUGGCAGUGGAGUGCUUAGAUGCUUUCAAGAUCGAUGCCCCCAUAGGUUGGCAAAACUCUCUGAAGGUCAGUUGUUUGAAGGAAGACUAGAAUGUCUAUAUCAUGGCUGGCAGUUUGAAGGGGACGGCAAAUGUGUAAAGAUACCCCAGUUGCUGAAAGAUGCAAAAAUCCCAAGGUCUGCUUGUGCCAAGCCCUAUGAAAUAAGAGACUCACAGGGAGUUGUAUGGAUAUGGAUGUCCCACAAAACGCCACCGGACCCUGCAAAAAUCCCUUGGUUCCAAAACUUCAAUAGGCCCGGCUUACGGGACGUGUCCACAACGCAUGAACUCCCAUAUGACCACUCUAUCCUUCUUGAGAACCUCAUGGAUCCUGCCCACAUCCCUAUAUCACAUGACAGAACGGAUUUCACCGCAAAGAGAGAAGAAGCUGGACCACUCUUUUUCGAGGUAACUGAAAGGACUGGACGGGGAUUCGCUGGGUGGUGGGGCCGGGAAAGGGAUCAAGGGAAACCUAACUACGAGCCAAACUUUUUACGGUUCGAAGCGCCGUGUGUUCUUCAGAACAACAGGGAAAUCAUUGAAGAAAAUGGGGCAAAGCACUACUUUUCCGGUCUCUUUCUUUGCAGACCAUCUGGCCAGGGGAAAUCAAUGCUCAUCGUGAGGUUCGGAAGCACAAAGGAAAUCAGAGGUGUGCUAAAAUUACUCCCCAAUUGGUUCUUUCAUCAGAAUGCAAGUAAGGUUUUUGAACAAGACAUGGGUUUCCUGUCAUCACAAAAUGAAACCCUGAUGAAAGAAAAGGUUCCGACCAAGGAGCUCUACAUGAACUUGAGGUCCUCAGACACUUGGGUGCUUGAGUAUAGGAAGUGGAUGGACAAAGCCGGGCAUGGGAUGCCUUAUUAUUUCGGGCAUACGACUGUUUUGCCCCCCGAAGUGCCGGCUGUCGUAGAGCAUGCUCCUGUGGGUUUCCUUGCUAACCUCUCGGCUUCUCAGCCAGCAAAGGGCGGAAUUGGAACAAUGCAUGCUCCGAAUCUUGCCAAUAGAUACUUCCGGCACGUUAUACACUGCAAGGAAUGCAGGGAUGUGGUUAAAAGUUUUGGGAUGUGGAAGAACGUGUUUUCUGCUUUUGCCCUCGUCUCCACCGCUUUGGCAAUUCUGGCAUCUGGAAGACAGUGGAAGGCUGCCUUCUUGUUUUCAAUAUCGCUGUGCUUGGCCGGAAUAUAUGCCUGCUCCACUGCGAUUGCAAUGAAUACAACUAACUUCAUAAGGACACACAGAAGAUUGUGACCCUCCCAAGUGGUGGAUAUGGGUCUGUGUCUUGACUCUUGAGCUCAUCUGUUCAUAGUUGCUUUUCUUUUUCAAGAUGUUCAAAAUAUGAAGAGAUGGUUAUAUGCUUGAAGUUGUCUAUUUAAAGUAAUUACAAGAAAAUGAGGUUAGAUUGUGGUGUGUAGAGCUGGAGUUCUUCAUAUAUUGAGUGGUUGCUUCUGGUCAAGUAACUUUUUUAUUUUGAGUUGUAAAGUCAACUAAUUAGUUAUGGUAACAUCAAUCAAUCUUGCAUAUUAUGUCA